GGAAGACGACGACGUGGCUGAAGGAGACCGGUUUGUUUCUCAACUGAGGCUCACGCACCCCGGCUCAGGAUUGGUGCUAGGCCGGGCCGGGGUCUUGGCCGGAAGCGGAAGUGGAGAAAGGAUGCAGGACCAUCAACACGUGCCCAUCGACAUCCAGACCAGCAAGCUGCUCGAUUGGCUAGUGGACAGACGACACUGCAACCUGAAAUGGCAAAGUCUGGUGCUGACCAUCCGGGAGAAGAUCAACACGGCCAUCCAGGACAUGCCAGAGAGCCAAGAGAUUGCCCAGCUGCUCUCUGGAUCCUACAUUCAUUACUUCCAUUGUCUACGAAUAGUGGACCUUCUUAAAGGUACCGAGGCCUCCACCAAAAAUAUCUUUGGCCGGUACUCUUCACAGCGGAUGAAGGAUUGGCAGGAGAUCAUAGGCCUGUAUGAGAAGGACAACACCUACUUAGUGGAACUUUCUAGCCUCCUGGUUCGGAAUGUAAACUAUGAGAUCCCCUCGCUGAAGAAGCAGAUUGCCAAGUGCCAGCAGCUGCAGCAGGAGUACAGCCGCAAGGAGGAAGAGGGCCAGGCCGGCGCUGCUGAGAUGCGUGAGCAGUUCUACCACUCGUGCAAGCAGUACGGCAUCACGGGCGACAAUGUCCGGAGAGAGCUCCUGGCCCUGGUGAAGGACCUGCCGAGUCAGCUAGCUGAGAUAGGAGCAGGAGCUCAGGCCCUGGGGGAGGCCAUCGACCUGUACCAGGCCUGUGUGGAGUUUGUGUGUGACAGCCCCGCAGAGCAGGUGUUGCCUAUGCUGCGCUACGUGAAGAAGCAUGGGAACUCAACGGUGUAUGAAUGGAGGACGGGGACCGAGCCCUCUGUGGUGGAGCGGCCACAACUGGAGGAACCUCCUGAGCAGGUGCAAGAAGAUGAGAUUGACUGGGGCGACUUUGGAGCGGAGGCUGUUUCUGACUCCGGCAUCUCUGCCGAGACCCCUGGAAUCGACUGGGGCAUCUCCCUGGGAUCGGAGUCAAAGGAUGCUGGGGCUGACGGGAUAGACUGGGGCGAUGACACCACUGCUUCAGAGAUCACUGUGCUGGAGACAGGAACGGAGGCUCCAGAGGGCGUUGCUAGGGGCUCAGAUGCUCUGACUCUUCUUGAAUACCCUGAGACCCGGAAUCAGUUCAUUGAUGAGCUGAUGGAGCUCGAGAUCUUCUUGUCCCAGAGAGCAGUGGAGAUGAGUGAGGAGGCCGACAUCCUGUCAGUGAGCCAGUUUCAGCUGGCUCCUGCCAUCCUUCAGGGCCAGACCAAAGAGAAGAUGCUCAGCCUGGUCUCCACACUGCAGGAUCUGAUUGGCCGGCUCACUAGUCUCCGAAUGCAGCAUUUGUUUAUGAUUCUGGCCUCGCCAAGGUAUGUGGACCGAGUGACGGAGCUCCUUCAGCAGAAGCUGAAGCAGUCACAGCUGUUGGCUUUGAAGAAAGAGCUGAUGGUGGAGAAGCAGCAGGAGGCACUUCAGGAGCAGGCCACUCUGGAACCCAAGCUGGACCUGCUCCUGGAGAAGAGCAGAGAGCUGCAGAAGCUGAUUGAAGCUGACAUCUCCAAGAGGUACGGUGGCCGUCCUGUGAACCUGAUGGGCACCUCUCUGUGAUGCGCUCCCUCCGUAUCUUCUGUUUCCCAGCCUCCAGGUGGAGGUGGGACAGCCCAGGCUGGUGUUACUGGGCCUCGUCAGCAAGAAGUCAGGCAGACCCGGGGACAGCCAUAAGCAGAAAGUGUCACCAUUCAGGUGACACUGGCGUUCACUAAGCUCUCUGCCAGAAGUUGUCUUGAGUGGUUCUGUGACCUGUGACUCUGUAGCCUGUCAGCCUGAAGCCACAACUCCUUUUAGUUUUCAAGUAAGGCUUAAUAAAAAAGGAAGAAACUUGA